AAAACAAAUUGUUUACAAUUUUCGGGAAAUUCAAUUCAAUUUUAAAAUUUCUUAUUUUAAGUUAAUUAAUAGUUCUGUUGAACAAGUGUUGCUUAAAUGCGUUCUAUACAUCAAGAGUAAUCGAUUGGUGCUGUUUUUACAAUCUAAAACUCGAGUAAACAAACAUUUCUCAAGUAAACAUUAAAGCUUAAAUUUUAUGCUUAAUUAAAGGAUAAUGGCAACAAAAAGGAUAAACAUAGUUGAUGUAUUUGAAGCUAAAUUGUGUGGCUUAUGUGGCAGUAAUGAAUUGAGUCAGUUUUUCAGCAUAAACGACAAUUUUGUUGAGUAUUCUGGAAUUUUUAUUCCAUUUAGACAAAUUUUAGCGGAAUCUCUGAAUAUUAAUAUUUCAAAGGAAGAUGGUGAAUCGAUGGAGAUUUGCCUUGAUUGUAAAGAUAAAUCACUCAAAUUCUAUCAUUUUAAGCAGAAAGUUAAGGAUGUUCAGGCACACAUUCCAAAAAGCAGCUCUAAAAAGUCAAAAUCACAAACUUUACAGAAAUCCAGUAAAGUGGUUCACUCAAUAUAUAAAAUAAUAGAGAAUUACACAGAAAAAUGCUCAAUAUCAAAAAUUCGAGUAGAUGAAAAAAGCAAGAAAUUAAUUAUAGAAUCUAAUGAUCAGCCACAACAUAUAGAAAAACUUAGAUAUGUACAGGCUGAAGAUUAUGAAGAAAAUGCCAUAGAUCCAACAGUCAUUAAACAAGAGCCAAUUGUUUUGUGUGGACAAAGUUUAAUUAAUGAGUCUGUAGACGAAAAUUACUUUAAUGAAGACUACGAUGAUGAUGAAACUGAUCCAGACUAUUCAUCAGAUUAUAGUAAAGCUACAACUUCCCAUGAAGCACUGCCACCACCUCCAAAAGUUCUUAAAAGAGGACGUCCAUCAAAACCGAGAGAUAUUGAGUACGAUAUAGGCUCACUGGAUCUCUCAGUUGUGGACGUAGUGAAUCUAUUCAAUCCCGAUGCUAAUAAAUUCAGCGAUAAGUACGGUGACGUUCUCAGGAAACUAGUCUAUGACAAAUACAAGACAAGAAUCGUAAUCAACUUUUCAUUUAUUGGCAAGUCAAGGGUAAGGGCAACAGUAAGAUGUGAAAAGUGCAAGCAAAACUAUAAAAUUGAAGGCAACAAAGAUGAUCUCAUUGAUAAAGUGGAAACAACAUUUAUGGUACGAUGUAAUCGAAUAGAUUUCUGUCGAUGUGGAUAUGUGCCGCGAAAAUCGGAAAGAACUGCAUCACCGAAAAAGGUUGAGCCAGUCGAAAAGGAAGAAAUUGAGGACGAGAAUCACGAUGAUGACAAUUAAGGAUUAUAAAUAAGUUUAGGAUUAAUGAGAUUUAUUUGGGUCGAUUUCAAGUAAGUGGCAUUUCAAUUCAGCAUUUUUCAUGCUCAUGCUGUCGAGUCUCUUCCAUUAAAAGUGUCAUAAUUUGGUAUUAUUAAAAUUUUUGAUCCUGGAUUUAUUUUAAAUCCGAAAGAUUAAAUCCAAGAAUUUAAAUUUAUAUCCUUUGAAAUUUAAAAUUAAAUCGAAGAAUUAAAUUUAAAUUGACCUGAUUAACUCAAAAAUUCCAAUCGAUUCCACUGGUCCACAUUUCACUUGACUAAAAUCGACCCCAAUAAGCAGCAACCUUGUAACACUUAAGAGAAAAUUUUUGUUAAAGAAAUGAGGAAAUAGCCAAAAUAAAAACUUCUUUUUUUGCUUUACGUGAUCAA